UUUUUUUCAGAACUGACUGGAUUAUGAGUCUCUGAAAAAAGAUGACAGAAGUAGCGAGUUUGCACCCGGCAAACCAUCGUUUGACUUCCGUGAGACAAUACGAGGCAGGACCACCGCCAGAAUUGGCUUUGGUGGCGCCUGGAGAGUCCAUUGCUCUUACUAAGGAAGAGGAAUGGGUUAGUAAGAAGAAGACAGAGGUAGUAAACACCAAACAGAUCGAGACGAGAGUCAAGAGACAAGUCGUUUUAGAAGAUGGAAAAGUGGUGGAAGACUCCGGACCUAUGGUCACCACAAACACAACGGAAGACACGGAAACUCAGGAACACCAUCAAACCGAGCUGCGGAAACUUGGAGACGAUGAAAUCGAUGGCCCAUUGGCAGUGGAAGGCAAAGCGGACAACGCUGCUGUCAGCAAAAGAAACUGGGUGGUCACCUCCAAUCCCGACGGAGUGGUGCGGGAGGUCAAGGAAAAAAGGGUGCUCUCCAGGGAAGAAACAGAAGAAGUUAAGGAGACAGAAGACAUCCAGCAUUUUGGGGAUAUAACGGACGAGGACUUCCUAGCAGCGGUUCGUUCAGGACAGUCCGACAUACGCAAGGUCCUCCGAGUGAAAGAGGGAGGAAAGGACACCGUCGUCUCUACUGGUCCCAGGGUGGUCCACGAAUCGACCAAGAGCAAGAAGGUGAUCGAUACAGAGGACAAGCGAGACCUCAGCUCCGUCCAGCCGGACGGGAAGAUCAUCACCGAGAGCCAGAGGACCACGGAACACGAGGAAAUCAGGGACGACGAGCUUCCUGAGGACGCUGUAGUUGAGGAUUCACACAAGGAAUCAUCUGAGAGGUACCUGAAGACCCGAGAUCAAGUGGAUGUCGAUUAUUUGGCGGAUGGAGUGAACAUCGGUCACGAGAUGAGGUUCAAAACUGAGAAUGUGGAGGUUGAACGCAAGGGUGAUGGUCUGAAUGAACCGGAUUUCGACUCAUUGUCCGCUAGGCUGAGAAAGAGGACCCAGAAUAGGCCACCACAUAGAUACAGAGGCGUCGAAAACCCAAACGCCAACCCCCUAGACCGAAAAGACGCCCUCACCGGCCAACCCUUGGACUUCGAGAGGGAGGAACAGACCAGAAAAGUCGAGACGUCCAAAUGGCUCGAGCACCAUUUCGGCAGCGAUUCCAAAUCGUCCACCAAUUCCCUGAUAGACGAGGAGGAACAACCGCCGAAGACGAGUUUCUUCAACGUCACCAUCAAAUCGCAGCCUUCCCGGAACGCGGAACCCGAGUACCUGCACAGGAACUACUCGUCUCCGAUGAGGACGUCGCCCAGGGUUUACAGCCCGAUGGAGCCGGAGAGAGAUGGCAAUCCGAGAUACUUCAAAGGUAUAACUGAGUGGUCCGAGAGACGCCAAGAGAACAUGUUCACCUCGGAGCGUCGUUCCCCUUUCUAUCAAGAACGCACCUCCCCGGCAGAAAGGCUCCAACAGCAAUCCCCCAUACCGGACUACAGAGACAACGUGGAGAAUUUCCGAGGCUCCAGAGACAACCUCCGAGAAGUGCCGGACCACCACAGACCGGAGUUCCGCCAAAACUACAGAGAAGACAAAUCCUACCAAUCCAGGGAAUCUUCCAGAGAGUACAGGGGCAAUCAUAGGGAGGACGAGUACAGGGAGUACAAGGAGCCCCUCAAGGACUACAACUGGGACUAUAGAAGAGAAAACGGGAUAAGACCCAACGGAGUUGUCAGAGAAAACGGUCACAGCACGCAUAGAGACGAGGAAUAUAGAGAAACCAGGGAGAACCAUAGAGUCUACAGGGGCGAUUAUGGUUCUGUGGAUCGCAGGGAAAUGAGGUCCAGGUCUCCGGACGUAACCCCCAUUCCUCCCCAUCGAAAGAGAGGGAGCGAGAGACGGCAGAGGAUAGAGGAGGAGAAGAGGUAUCAGAACGGGUAUCGAAGGUCGCCGCCAGUACAACUGGAUGAGCCACUGGAGGAGCCUCCCCCUGAUUAUUCACCACCUAGUCCUCCCCCGAUGCCAAGGGAGGAGAAGAAGGUUAUCCAGAAGACGAGGUUCGCAGCUGAUCCGCCAAAGGCCAAGAGCGGAAAUAUUAUAGGUCAGUCCAUAAGGAAAUUGGUCGGGAAGAUAAGGUCGGCGAGCGCCGAGCGUAAGGCGAAACAGAGGGCCAAGAGGUCGCCGAGUCCCUCGUACCAGGCCGGUCAUAUAAUAGACGGGAACAUCCACGGCUCCAUGGAGAACGGCAGGCCCGUCCAGAGGUACUACCUGGGGGAGGAUCCGUUCGCGGGCAGCAUCUACGGCAGGGAGAACAAGUACGACGGCGUCAGACCGGCGAGGGUGGCCAGGAGGAAGGACGAGCCUAGAUCGCAGAGCACGCUCGGUAGGUUCAGUAAAUCGACCGGGAAGCUGUCGUCAAGUCUACCGACUGAUAGAAAAAAUUCGCAAACACUUCCGAGGCAUUUGUCGAGGCACGCCAGUCCUCCCAAGCUAGAGAAGAACAGCAAAUCUAACAGCACCAUCAACGUUUCCAUCAUCAACACGGUGAGGCCACAGAACGAAGGUCCAGCGAAACCUGCACGAACUUACAGGGCUAACUUAUCGAGGAGUAAGAGCUUCAAUAUCAACAGCGAAGAGUUCAACGGCAGGGAUAUGUAUAAGAGCAACCCCCAUCUGCAUCGUCUCAACGACAAUUCUACCGGCCUCAAGAGCCCUGGAUUGAUCUCGAGUCUCAGCAGGAGCCAGAGGGAUAUCAACGAAGAAUCCUACACCAGAUUCAGGAACGGUACCAGCGAUAGCCAGAGGGUGUUCCUGAAGAACCUCAAAGAUCGUUCGCCUGAACUGUACAAAACCCUCCACGAAAACGAAGAUUCUUACACCAGGACCACUCCGAAAACCAGCAGGGUCUACAACGGCGACAUCUACGAACCACCGACUCGUCUCAGGGACAGCUACGUGGUCUCCUCCACGCCUAUAAAGUCCUUGAGGAGCGGAAGCAACUCCAGCGACUACAGCGAAACGUACCGAACGACCACGAGAAGCGACGAUCCCUUGAGACCAAGCAUCACCAAUACCACCAAGACCAUCAGCAAAAAAACAGUGCCAUCGAGGGACGGAAGGUCCUUCGAAACCAUAGAAUCUAGCGAGGUGAAGUCCAUAACCAAAAGCAGCUACCGCGGAGAUCCCAAACUGCAGUACCGAGAGGCGGAGAGACGGUACACGCCGAGUCCUGUUGUUAUUGAAGUUAGGAAUAAUUAUAGGAAAUAGGUCACGUCCUUUAUCGCAUUAUUAAUCUCGCUAAUAUUGUAAAUAAGCUGUUUGAAGAGUGAAACGGGACUUGUUAGUGCUCAACUACGUUUGUGACAGUGUCAUAAUAAUUUAAUUUUUUAUUCUCACUUUUUUAUGAACUCGUUAAUGGUCAUGUUGUGUAUGGCUUAAUACUUCAAUGUUUAUGUACAGUUUGUAUAUAGUAGACUAAUCUUCCGAAUCGUUCUAAUUUUCAAUAAACUAUUAAUAAUUA